AUGCAUGAAGUCAUUACCCUUCAGUUAGGGCAAAAGAGUAAUUAUCUUGCUACCCAUUUCUGGAAUACUCAGGAAUCAUACUUCACAUAUUCAACAAAUGAAGAAUCUUUAGUCGAUCAUGAUAUUCAUUUCAGACCUGGUAUUGGAGCUGAUGGUAAUGAGACCUUUACUCCAAGAACUUUGAUUUAUGAUCUUAAAGGAGGAUUUGGUUCUUUGAGGAAGAUUAAUGCACUGUACCAAAUAGAUGAACCGGUUGUUACCGAUGGGUUAUGGAACGGUCCCGCUGUAGUCCAACGUCAAACGGCCAUUCAACAGAGUUCAUAUCAACAAAGUUUGGAAGGUGGUCUCGAACCACCAAAGCUCACUUCAGAAUCGGUGCGAUAUUGGUCUGAUUUCAACCGCGUUUACUAUCAUCCAAGGUCAAUAGUUCAACUCAACGAGUAUGAGUUAAACUCAUCACUAAUGCCAUUUGAGAAUUGGGAGGCUGGCGAAGAACUAUUUAGCUCUUUAGAUAAAGAGCAUGAUCUUUUGGAUCGUGAUCUUCGACCUUUUGCUGAAGAAGCUGAUCACAUGCAAGGCAUUCAGAUAAUGGGGAGUAUCGAUGAUGCUUGGGGUGGCUUUGCUGCUCGAUACAUGGAUCGUUUGAGAGAUGAGUAUGGUAAGACCACGGUAUGGUUCUGGGGUUUGGAGGAUAAUAUCAAAGAAAUACCCCGAGAAAAACGUUUCCUGAAGUUGUCAAAUACAGCGAAAUCAAUAUCGGAAAUCAUCCCACAGACAUCUAUUUUCAUUCCAAUGACCCUACCAUCAACACGUUUACCAGGUUACGUCAAAUUAGACGCAAAUUCCUUUUGGGAAGUUUCCGGCCUGUUGUCAUCUGCGAUGGAAAGUAUGACACUGCCUUCGAGAUUGAAGCCUCAAAACGGCAUGAGGCAGACAUUAGACCAACUGGCCAGCACAUUGAAUGUUAAUGGAAACCAGAACAUUGCGAAAUUACGCAUGACUGUCCAACAGAAUUCUGAAGUGGGAACUAAUGAAAAUAUCCAUACGGGAAGGAAUGGUCAUUCCCAGGCCACAGAUACAAGGAUUACCUUGGCAGCAACUUCAAGUCGUGGUGAGGACAUGGCGGAAGAAAGCGAUACUGCCAAUUUUGAUAUAGAUUUCUUUCCCACGGAAACCGGGGAGCAGAAUCGCGGUCGUCAAAAGUCCGGCAAGGUUCAUGUUUUUGGUCAAGUUGAGAAUUAUAGAGGGGAUGAGGAAUGUGACGAAGAAAACGACAGAAAUGAUGAGUUUCGUGAACGAACUCGAAGAAUUGCUGCUAGCCUUCCAUUGCUUUCAAAGACAUACACACCGUUAUCCUUUCCAAUUCUUGAUAGCUUUCCUCGUAUUUUCACUCAAGAAGAUGAGAAUAUCACCAAUCUAUCAAUUAGCACAUCUCUUUCAACCGAUACAUCUGUUGCUCUGAGAAUCAAAAGCCUUCAACAGAUAGUAAACAGAGCUAUUCGCAUGGAUGAAAGAGAGGCACUUAGUAAUUCUCUUGGCGAGAUUGCGGAAUCUUAUGAAGAGGGUUGGGAUAGCGAUACCGACGAUGAUUAUGAUUAG